AUGAAGGCAUUGGUUGGCGUUCUGCUGCUGACAGUUGUACUUGCUGUGUCAAGUGUGGAUGCGGGUCACCACUACGGAGGCUACGGUGGGGGUGGCGGUGGUGGAGGCGGCGGCGGCGGUGGAUACGGUGGUCAUGGAGGAUACGGCAAGGUCAUCGUGAUUCACGGACAUGGUGGAGGAGGCUAUGGCGGUGGCGGAGGGGGAGGAGGAGGCGGUGGCGGCUACGGCGGCCACGGAUGGUGCAUGAUGGGCGCGGGCCACACAUCCACCUUGCCCUUGGGCUUCGUGCGGAUCACCAUGGCAACGGGAACCCUGAGCACAAAGAGGACGUGGCAUCUCCUGCGCGCCCUUCUCGACAACGGCCCUACGAAGAUGCAGCAGCGACAGAACCUCUGUAGGCUCGUGCACAACCACACCGGAUCGGAAGAGAACCUCCUCCGAGAAAUUCAGAAGAAGCUGCGCGGCGACCCACCGGUUAAUACGACGGCACAUGACAGAGUUUACGGUGGGAAACCAAACCCCGACCUUGACCAACCCUUCACGCAUGCUGAACUCUCUGCAGCACUAUCGACGCUCAGAAGAAACACCAGCCCGGGCAAAGAUCGGAUCAUGAACAAGCAUCUUCGGAACCUUCCGCAGCAGGCUACCGCAGCCCUGCUCAAGUACUUCAAUGCCGUCCUCCUACUGCUGAUUGGUUCACUUGCUGUGUCCACUGUGAAUGCGGGCCACCAUUACGGAGGCUACGGUGGUGGAGGUGGAGGUGGCGGUGGCGGCGGCGGAGGUGGUUACGGUGGCCAUGGGGGAUACAAGAAAGUCAUUGUGCUCCAUGGACACGGAGGCGGCGGCUACGGUGGCGGUGGCGGUGGUGGUGGCGGCGGAGGUGGUUACGGCGGCCAUGGAUGGUGGUAG